AUGAGCCUUCUGUCGAAGCUCGUGGCCACCUCAUUAAUCUGUUUCUGGAUCAAUUUCUUACGAGCGGAUUCUUUUUCCUGGAUCCAGUCACCUUCUCUGAAGCAGCGCUUCGACGACUCCCCUUUCGGACAUGGAGAUCGUCCAGCUCCUGCAUUAUUGGCCAUUGUUUAUUUAUGGGGUGAUAUCCGCUCCACUCGAAGUAACACCUAUUCGUUCCUUCAGGCCUCAAUCCGUCAUCUAGUGGUCAACGCUCCUUCUUCCAACUUCUCUUCUUCCCCUAUUUUAGUUCUUCAGACCAUCCAAGCCCAAGUUCUACUCUCACUUUAUUAUAUGUAUGCUGCACUUCCCGCUCAAGGAAGACACUAUGCAUCGGCUGCUGCAUCUCUCGCGUUAACUGCCGGUCUGCAUAGACUUCACGCCCCGCCGCUUUCACCUCAACCACCAUUUGCACUGUCAAGAGCGGCGCCAAUUUUGCCUCCACCUGCUGACUUGAUCGAUGCCGCAGUCCGCAAUGCAGCGUUUUGGGCCGUGGUCAUUGUUAACAACUGCUGGAUAGCGACUCAGGGAAGCCCAUCCGCGAUUUCAUAUAGUAUUCCAAUCGAAACACCGUGGCCUGGAGGAACAAGAGCCGGCUCGACGAUUUCGAAAUUCCUAAAUGGCCAUGAUUCAGAUGGGUUCACGUCGAUAGCGCUACUUGCCAAGGCAUCGACUCUAGUAGAACGGAUUGUUUCUGCGGGUGCUCGCAUAUCAGGCAUUGAUCCCACGGCAUUUAACACACUUGGCCAGCGCUUGAACGAGUUUUAUAUGCUUCUCCCACCGUUGGCAUAUCCUGUCGAGCCGGAUCGCGCUCUCCUUCUCGCUCAUGGCCUCACACUAUUUGCAAUCAUCCAACUCCAUGCACCCCCUCGUGGGGCUCGCGUGAGGGUUCGAGCUGCGGCCGACACAAUUUCUAAAAUUCUCCAAGACGUUGCCUCUUCUGGUAUGGCGCCAGAUCCCAAUCCAGUUCUUCCUGCAACAACAGCAGCAGCGGUAUAUGUGCACGACAUCAACGCGUCGCAUGUAGCUAGCCAAGAACACAGAGAGGCCCGGGACUCGUUAAGCCGGCUCAUUCGAAGCAUGAGACAGUUGUGCAGUGAUAGUCCAGUAAUGCAACUUUGUUUGGAAACUAUUUCUGCUACUACAUAG